UUGGUUUGCAGGUUCCCUUGUUGCUCCUCUAUAUCCUCUCCUUUCGCCUGGUGCUUCUGGUUGCGUGCGAGCCGUGCGUGUCAUUCCCUGUAACUUCGCCUUUCAUUCCCCGCGACUCGUUCUUGUGCUUGUUGCGACUCGUGGAACAGCACGAUUGGAGAGAUCAGCGUACGAAAGAUGAAAGCCUUCGGAUCAACCCCGGCGGCGCUGCUGCUCCUUGCAUUGUCCUCUCUCCCGACUAUUGUAGCUGAGAGCUGGGAUGGCUGGACGUAUGGCUCCAACGGCUCUUCUUCUUCGUCUCAGGCUCGGCCGGCGACAUUGCUUGAUCCCGAGGGGAAUAAGCUUGGUGCGGUAGCUUCGGAGUCGAGUAUUUGCUCGAGGAUUGGCACCGAUGUUCUCCAGGAUGGGGGUAAUGCGGCGGAUAGUCUGGUCGCGACGACGCUUUGCGUGGGCGUGAUUGGGAUGUACCACAGUGGAAUUGGUGGAGGUGGCUUUAUGCUUGUAAGAAGCGCAAACGGCAGUUACGAAUUCAUUGACUUCCGAGAGACGGCGCCUGCAGCAGCGUUCCAGGACAUGUACAAUAACAACACGAAUGCCAGUAUCUACGGCGGUCUGGCCAGCGGCGUUCCAGGAGAGCUUCGCGGAUUGGCUCAUCUUCACCAAGGUUAUGGACUCUUGCCCUGGAAGCGAUUGGUCUGGCCUUCGGUUCUGGUCGCUCGUAAUGGUUUUCCCGUCACACCAGACCUUGUCCGAUACAUGGCUUCCGCCAUUGUUGGCAUUGAUAAUUUCUUGGUCAACGAUCCUACUUGGGCCAUUGACUUCGCGCCGAAUGGGACUCUGCUCGGUCUCGGCGACAACAUCACUCGAAGGAGAUAUGCCGACACUCUCGAGGCCAUCGCCAAUCGUGGGCCCGAUGCUUUUUACACUGGACCCAUCGCCCAGACCACAAUUAAGACGCUUCGGCAAAAUGGCGGCACGAUGACAUUGGAAGAUCUCAAGAACUAUACCGUCGCCAUCCGUCCUCCGAUGAACAUCACCUACAGGAAUUACACAAUCCACAGCACUGGAGCGCCCUCCUCUGGUACCGUCGCCCUAUCAGUGAUGAAAAUCAUCGAAGGCUACAAAGACAUCGGCCAAGCCGCCACCCUGAACCUCAGCACACACUACUUCGACGAAGCGCUCCGCUUCGCCUAUGGUCAAAGAAGCCAACUCGGUGAUCCUCUAUUCGUGAAGAACUUGGAUGAAUAUCAAGCCGAAAUGCUCGACGCAGACACAAUCUCCGCCGUGCGCUCCAAGAUCAACCCUCUCCGAACCCUAAACGUCUCCGACUACGACCCUUCCGGCUUCGAGUCCCUCGUAACACCCGGAACAAGCGCGGUCGUAACCUCCGACGUAACUGGCCUCUCCGUCGCGCUGACAACAACAAUCAAUCUGCUCUUCGGCUCCCACCUGAUGGUUCCCGAGACGGGCGUCAUUCUCAACAACGAAAUGAACGACUUCAGCAUUCCCGGCUCAUCCAAUGCUUUCGGCUACAUCCCGAGUCCAGCGAAUUUCAUCCGUCCGGGAAAACGUCCCCUGAGCAGCAUCACCCCGGCCAUCGUCGAGCACGCCAAUGGAACUCUGUAUUUUGUCGCAUCCGCUGCUGGUGGAAGUCGAAUUAUCACUGCGGUCUUGCAGAAUCUAUGGCAUGUCCUAGAUCAGAACAUGACGGCUCCACAAGCCAUCGCGAUGCCGCGGUUGCAUGACCAGUUGGUGCCGAACGUUGUGAGUUUCGAGUAUGCGUAUGAUAAUUCGACGGUGGCAUUUUUGAAUUCGAGGGGACUGAAUGUUACUUGGGUUGCGCCCGGGCAGAGUUCGGCGCAGACGUUGCGAAGGCUUGGGAAUGGGACUUUUGAGGCGGCUGGGGAGUCGAGACAGCUUAACAGUGGUGGUUUUGCGGUUUGAUUGCAAGCGGAUGUAUGUUUUGUGAGGAGGGAUCUAUGAUAUCUCUCACAUUUAUUAGAAUCAACAAAGGUCAUGACGACGGAACGAGAUGUAGAACCAGCGUAUUCUCAAGCCUCGCUUCAGGCUGUUGGUCUCUUAUGAGGGCAGUGUGACGCUGCGAAUGAUAAAACGUGCAAGCUAUGUGGGUAUCUUGUAAAGAAGCAAUUGCAAACAUCAGCAGACGAU